GACAUUCAAUUCAAUUUGCCAUCUCUCUCCUCCUUUUCAGGGAAGAAUCUUUAUCACAUCUUUAACACAUGUUCCAUUUUCACCUCUGAUUUCACGAUUCUCUUAUAAAACCGCAAGAUUUCUAUGGUUAUGACUCAAUCUGGGAAGAAGCCUCUGCCGGCAAACAUGUAUCCAAAAGUGAAGGUGAGGGUUCAGAGAGAAGAUGCUGACCAAUAUGCUUAUGAGAAGAAUUCCUUGCAGUCUUUGAAGGCUUUUGAAUGGCUCUCUCUAAAUCAUUCCUCUUCUUCAGAUGAUUCCUCAAGGCCUGUUGUGAGAGUUCCUCAGUCUUAUGUCCCUCUAUCCCCUCCUCCGAGCUUCUACAGAUCCAAAGAGGAAACAAACAAAAAGAAUGCAGAUGUGAAAGAUGGCCAAAAAAGUCUUAGAGCGACUUCUGCCCCACGCCCACGUGCGGUCUUGUCAAGUCCAGACAACGAUGAAAUCAUAGGACAAAGAACACCAACACGAACACCAACACAACCUUUCCCCGGCCAUAAAAGUCGCCAUGCAAUUCAGAACAGACACACACUGUGUAAGAUCUUUCCAAAAUCCACUACUGCUGAGGGUCUUACGCCUAGAAAAACACACGCCAAGGAAUCAUCUGAGCUGAAAAACGACGUUAUAGCAAAAGGGAGAGUGACAGUACUGGGUGAUUCAAGAAUAAGAGCAGCUCCACAGAGGAAAAAGAUAGCUCCAUUUUAACUUUUCUGAGUUCUGAUGAACUGGUUUGGAGCUUACGCACUAUUUCCAGGAGUUCGAGUAAAAGUUUUUGAGUUCGGGAGAUAUAAGUAUUUCAGAUAAGGUAGAAUGUGUAUUUUUUUUGAUGUUCUGGAACAAACAGAAGGCUUUGUUUGUGUACAUAUGGAGUUACAAAUGGACAUGCCACAUGUAUUUUAUUUUA